AUGUCAACAAGGAAUGUCUGGGAGACAAGCAAGCUGUUCAAGAGUGCUCUAGACCACGUGGAAGAGAUUGACGACGAAGACGAGGCCCGCAUCUUGAGCGAAUCCACGGAUGCUCUCCAAGUUCACGUCAAGAAGGCCCUUCAAAUUGUUUCUUCUCCAGCUGACUCCAAGACAUCCAAGGUAUCAGGAACACCGUUAUCGUUGUCGUCCACUUCCACUACCACAGAUACUCAUGCCAAGUCUCUUCCGAUCCCGACAGGAUUCGCCGCCAGGUCAGCUGCAGGGACGACAAUACCCUCUGGAACGCCACCAGGACUCUCGGGAUCAUUGAAUCGCCAUCCGCUUGGCUUAUUCUCGACCUCACCCAACUUUGGCGCUCAGUCACCCUUUGCGUCACCAAAGCGCCUCUCUGCAGCACGUUUUCCCUCGACGCCCAUUACAGAUCCUUCUGACUCGGAAGCAGAGGCCGAGGCUAAAGCUGCACCACCUUCACCACCUGCAAUAGAAAUAUCUGACCCAUUGGCUCUCUCGACCAACAACAACAACAACAACAACAACAACAACAAUAACAAUAACAACUGCAGCACCAAGAGCAAGAACACAAAAGAAAAUGUUCCCACGCCAAAGAAACGACCAGGGACAACAAACGGAUUAUCGACGAUCAGUCUCGACGAUGGACCGUUAUCGAUCGCUACUACACCUGUACUGACGGCGUCUGUGAGGUCAACAGCCAAACACAACCGAGCGGAUACCGGUCUGAAUUCUGCGACAACGUCGUCGUCUCUGUCCAACGGACACAACUACGGCAACGGGACAGUCGGACACACACUCGGGAAAACACCAGUCGCCUCGAUGGACCAAAUCGUUACUACAUUGGCACAGGAGUCGUUCGAGUCACCCACGAGAGGCAGGACUCCGACGCGCGCACUCAGCCCAGGAUUCUUGUCUGCCUCUCGACUGCAGUCACCGCCAACGCCCUCGGCUCCAGGCGAUGGCCCAAAAAGUCCAACCUCGCCUCGUUUGCAGCGUUCACAGCUAAAACCUUCUCCAAUCCAGACAGCACCUAAUUCUCCGGCAACGGGGCAGUUUCCCAGGAACGAGAUAACCAAUGCCGAAGAGCAGAUGUCGCAGUUGGCCAAGGAUCUGGAGAGGGCUAUGAACCCUACGCCGACAGAGCCGGUUCCUCAGCCUUACUUUUUGCAAGGAAAGGGGCUUUUAGAGCGCAUCCCUAAUCAGGAUUCUAUGGAUGAUGGCGAUGACCAGGACGACCAGUAUUCUGAGGAUUCUGACAGGAACGAUGGACAGACAGGUCAGGAUGGCGCACCAGGGUUAUCUCGAGGCAGUGGAUCGUUGCGGCGUCAGAGAUCGGGUGGCAAAAGGCGCUUCAGGAUUUCGAGAUCUCGAUCCCGGAAUCGAUCCAAGGGUCGACAGGAACGAAACAAGCCCGAUCUCCCUAUUGAAAUCGGAUACACGUCUGCCUUGGCAUCCUCGGAAUGGCCGUUUGACAACGCGCCAACACAGCCGCCUUCCCAGUCCAGUCUGUCGGCUUUACAGCAUCAACAACUCCAGCGGCAGCGGAAUGCGUCUUUGGCAGCAGCGGGUUCGAGGCAGCAACAGAUGCAGCAGCAAGGCGGAGCUCAUCAGCGUUCGGCGUCUCAACCUACAUCGUCUCUGCACCAACAACAUCAACCAAGAACUGGACCUCGGUUACCAUUCGCAGAGUCGGUAACGGUCAGCAAUCCGAUUCGGGUUGGACGCGGGAUUGGGUCUUUUACGGUGUACAAUGUCUCGCUGACACUGUGCGACCCCGCCAAGGCCAAAGUGCCUCUUCCGCCACGCCAGAACCAGAACCAGAACCAGAUCAGGAACGGAGGCGAUGGAUCAUCGACAGCACAGGAUCAACAUACCUCCUCAGCACCGCAUGCUGGACAUGCAGACGCUCAGGGAUCUGACCAACUGGUCAAUAACAAUAAUCUUAAUUCAUCACCUACGACAACAACUAAUACGGGCAUCACAAGCAACGCAAUGGCGGAGGCGCCUCUGCGACCACCGCCCAGCAAGGCGGCUCUAAUGAUGACUCGGUCACUCUCGUUUCCAGAACUGGGCGACUCGGCAGAGAGGCUGUUGAUGGAGAUGCGAUCGAUGGAAGAGGACGACGAUUCAGCACCACCGCCACCACUGCCUUGGCGACCACUGGCGACUACUGCAGCACCGUUGACUACACGGCCGUCGCAUGCGAACACCGAGCCAGAGUUUGCCUUGCCACCGUUGUUGAGACCUCAGAGCGCCCCUAUCCCAUCACCACCACUACCUUUCCGUGGAUCUGAGAGAGGGAUCGGAGGAGCAGGAGGACGAGCGAUACGGGGUCUGGAUGCGACCAUCUCGCGAGCAACGUCUGCCCAGCAGGUGACAGCAGCGCAUGGUCAUGGGUAUGUCUCCCCACCUAUCCCAACCAGAGUCGUAACAGGUUUCACAUCAGUCGCGCCAACAUCCUCAUCCUCAAUGUCAGGACUAGGAUCGAACGCAACUCAAGCUCCACCACGUGUGAUACAUGUACGGAAACGCUACACAGACUUUGUAACACUGAGGGGGCAGCUAGUGGAGACGUUCCGAGAGCCAAGGAAGGGUGGGAUCCGUGACGCGCGGCAGUUGUUCUCGAGGUCUUACUCUUCUUCUGCCGUCCCCACUAUCCAUGCCUCACCACGUGGUGGUGGUGGUAACCCUCUAUCGGGCGGGCACAGGGUUUCGCCGUUCAUGAGUAAUGACGAAGACGAGGACUAUAACGACGAGGACGAGGACGACGAUGAGGAUGGCACUGGAUAUUCGUCACAUUCCAGGAUGGCGUCUUCAACAUCUGUCACCAGCACUUCCAGCCAGCAAAGCGCUAGCGGGAGUAUUAUCCGCGGGAUGCCCAAGUUACCGCCCAAGAAAGUUGUGGGCAAGUUCCGGCCCGCGUUUGUGGAGAAGCGGCGGAGGGAGUUGGAGUACUUUUUGGAAUGGGUGGUCGCUCAUCCGAUCAUGGGGGAUUCCCCUGUGGUCGUGCAAUGGUUCCUCGGUCCUACUGCUACUCCUACCCUUUGA